UCAAAGAACCUGACAGAUGGAGAAUGUUGCAACAAACCAAAAUAACUCUUCAUCGGAGGAAAGUCUAUUCAAUGCUUUAGCUAUACAGAUUCAAUCCAAGUUUGAUAUCGUAAAGUACUAUUCUCAGCGACCCUUGCUACAGGAUCGUAUUAUCUGCUGUGUUGACCCCUUACUUCGCCAAGUAAAUGCAGCAGCCUACAGACCAAAUUUUGUCAUUAUUGGUCCUCUUCGUUGUUACGAGACCAUUUUAGAACACAUCGAAAUACAAAAGCGGAUAUGUUUGGCCUCAUUUCUCCAGCGAGCUGAGAAGAAAGCUAGCUUGAUCGAUUUUUUCAAAUUGAUCAAAGACUCUGCAGACCGAAUCCAUGGUUGUUAUGAAGAAACCUAUUGCCGAAGUUGGGAUUUUCUCUCACACGUCAUCCAACAGAACAUACCAGUCAAUGAUGGCAGUUCCGGAUUGUUUAUUGAGAUGGUAUUAGUGGAUGCAAGCUUCAUCAUUGAACUUUUCUUGAGAGCCUACAACAAGGAAUUAGAGAGAGGAGAAAUUGAUUUUAUAUUCAACACCCCAAGGAAAAUGCAUGAUAUCCGGCGAGACUUGUUUUUGGCUCAUAAUCAACUUCCUUUCUUUAUUCUCAAGGACAUGUAUGAACUUGCCUUUGGUGGUAACCCCGACUUCCCUUCCUUUAUUCAUCUUACUUGUCACUUCUUCAGCCCUUAUUACAACCAAAACAAACCCAUUGAAGAUAUAAUGCUACCAAACCAUUGCCAUUACGAAUAUAGAGCCAAGCUGGAGGGAGCUAAACAUUUCACAGAUUUGCUAAGAACACUUCAGAUGCCAUCAUCCAAAAAGACAGAAGACAGCCUAGAGGCGGGCAGAGUGCAAGGUCGGUAUUUAUAUAGUGCAGUUUUGUUGCGUGAUGCAGGGGUGAAAUUUAAAGUGAGCACAAGCAGAUGCUUACUAGACAUAGAAUUUAACAAAAAAAAUGGAGAAUUGAAAAUCCCACCUUUGAGAGUUGAUGAGUCAACUGAAUCAUUUUUCCGCAAUCUCAUGGCCUGGGAGCAACGCUACCAUUCACAUGAAACUUACUUGUGCGACUAUAUCUUUCUAAUGGAAUAUCUCAUCAAAUCUACUGAAGAUGUGGAUUUACUCAUUCGAAGAAGAAUUAUCAUCAACCAGCUCGGCAGCAAUACGAGAGUGGUAACUUUAUUCAACAACUUUUGCAAACAUAUUACUCCAAUGGAGAAGAACCAUUUCUCUGAUAUUUUUAGAGAACUAAACGCUUACAAUGCAGUUCGUCGUCACAGUUGGCUAGCAAUUCUGAGACUCCAGUAUUUCUCAACUCCAUGGAGAGGUGUUGCUACAAUUGCUGCAGUUGUCCUCCUUGUGCUUACUCUAAUUCAAACCAUAUGUGCACUUAUCUCUCUUUAGCUGUAAAGAGUAAUCCUAUCUGAUGGAGACUUAGUCAGCAGGAAAUUGAUCCUUACAGAGGCAAUGGAAACUAGGAGUCUUGGUAAGAAACUGGGCCUAAUUGCUACCUG